CGUCAGUAGCAGCAGGGCCGCUUUCAAGAUGGAGGGCGGAAGUAGGCGCUGACCCGGAAGUGUUCUUUUCCGAGGGUGAACAAAAUGGCGUGGAGCUGCUGUUCUCGUGUGUGGGUCAGGCAGGAGUUGUGGGGGAGCCGAACCCGAGGGCGCAGGUUUACUUUGUAUCCAUAUGCACAACAGAAAAAUGGGUUCAGAAGACCAGCACAGAAGAGUGAUCCUCAUAGGUCAAACUUGGAAGCUGGCGCUAAACCACAGAAAAGUGGUUUGUCUCCUGCAGUUCAGGACCCAGCCUUUCACAAAUCUUCUCGUUCAGCGAAGAAGCUUGUGAAGCCAUUCAUCUUCACAGUCGGGUUUUCAGGCUGUGCUUUUGGAUCAGCUGCUAUUUGGCAAUAUGAACAUCUCAAAGCUAGGGUCCAGAACUAUUUUGAAGAUGCUCGAGCAGACUGGAUGGACAGAAUGCGCCCACAGAAAGGGCUGAACUUCAGAAGGCAGGUAUAAGGAACUUAUUCCAAAUAGUAACAAAAAUAAGCUUUCUUUCUUCUUACAAUAGUGUAGUAAAACUCUGAUAUUCUACACUAAUGAAUUAAAGUAGAACUUUACCAUUGAAGCAGUGAGGAAAACAACCCCUAGUGCAAAUGUUCACUGAAUUCGCCCCCCCCCCCCUUUUGUGUUUUAAUAUCUAGAGAACUAUCUAGGGUAUCUCAAUGUUGUUCAUAUGUCUGAAAGCUUCAUAUGAUGAAAAAUAUUUUUCAUACGGUGAAAAAUCAAUGUAUGUAUAACACGUUCCUUAUCAAGAGGAAAAUUCUGUGUUUUAUAAUUGUGGGACAUAGCAUCAUGAAUAAUAUACUGUGUUUGACUGAAUUGUAGCAAAUUAAUAUUUGUAAGCAUAGAUGGAAUUGGAUACUGUAAUUCACUAUUGGAAUACCAGCAGUACUGUAUUAUGUAGUACUGUACUAUAAUAAUUUCUGGUGCAUUUUAUAUACUAAGGUUCUCUGUUACGAUUGUUCUUUUAUUGGUAGUUGUAAAUCAUGGAAAUUUUGGAUUAGAACCAGAUAAA